AUGGGUAGCCCGGAGAGCUGGAUGUCUACCCAGAAUGUGUUCGCCAAAAUGGAGCUCUCCGCCCAGUCUCCGCCGGGUGCGGGGGUUCAGGCGCAGACAAGUGCGGGCCUCAUCGAAGUUAGUUCCAGCGACGGGAUGACGCUCCUCCAACAGGCCCCGUCGAACCAGCCCAACUGGAAACUGGAGCCGAACAAGGCGCUCAAAUCGCAGAUUGAGAUUAUUCCCUGCAAAGUGUGCGGAGACAAAAGUUCCGGCGUUCAUUACGGUGUGAUCACUUGUGAGGGCUGCAAAGGCUUCUUCCGACGGUCGCAGAGCUCUGUGGUUAACUAUCAGUGUCCUCGACAGAAAAAUUGUGUGGUCGAUCGUGUUAACAGAAAUAGGUGCCAAUACUGCAGGCUACAGAAAUGCUUGGCUCUUGGGAUGAGUAGGGACGCCGUUAAGUUCGGUAGAAUGAGCAAAAAACAACGAGAGAAGGUUGAAGACGAGGUUCGUUUCCACCGAGCGCAAUUGAGCCGCCCUGCCAGCACCCAGAGCGACGCAACGCCCGACUCAAGUGUGAUCAUAUUCGAGCCACAAGGAGCUUCCGCACAGUUCACCUCAGCCGGCCAGACCAAUCAGCCUCCCUCGACCACGAAUCAACAGCUCGGGGGACAGCCGCAGCAGCAGCAGCAGCCACAUGGGGGCCAGCAGCCGGUCAGUAAUUCUGGUUACCAGUUCCCCGAGGAGAUCAGCACCCAUUUCUACAGCGUCAACGACUACGAAGUCUCCAAUAACCUCUGUUCGAGCAGUUUCGACGUAUCGGACUUUUCCAACCCGCGCUCUGUCGAGCCAACGACGUCGUUAUCCUCGAAAGACGUCGACGUGUGCCAGUCGUCAGGUGCGCUAACGCCUUCACCCACCCCGGUAUCGUCGGUGCCCUCACCGGGGGGACAACAGCCCCAGGCACCCCACCUCGACCUGUUAUCGAAGACGAUAUCCGACGCUCAUUCGCGUACGUGUCUAUUGACCUCCGAUGAGAUCACGUUGAAAAUUCACGCGCUGCGCACAAACUCGAUCAGCUCGGCUAAAAUCGAAAUUCUCAAAUCGAUGAGCCAAGACCAACUGUGGCUCGACUGUUCGCACAAGCUCACUUCAUUAAUUCAGCAAAUCAUCGAAUUCGCGAAAAUGAUCCCCGGCUUCAUGAAGCUGUCGCAGGACGACCAGAUCGUGCUGCUCAAAGCCGCCUGCUUCGAGCUGUGCUUACUGCGCAUGACACGUUACUACGACGUCGAUUCGGAUUGCGUGCUCUACGGCGACACGUUGUUGCCGGCCGACGUUUUCUACACGCAAGACACGCUCGAACUGAAGCUCGUCAGCGGGAUCUUCGAGCUUGUGAGGUCAUUGGCCCGACUCAAACUGGACGAGACGCAACUGGCUCUGUACUCGGCGUUCGUGCUAAUCUCGCCCGAGCGGCCCGGACUAAAGGGAACCGGUGAAAUCGAACGGGUUUCCUCGGCUCUACUGAAAUGUCUUCAUUUCGAAACAUCGCGAGAACAGGCGAACAACAUCAAGUGCGACACGGGCCUCGUCGAUCAUUUACUUCUACAGUUACCGAAGCUCCGCGAUCUAUCCCGGUAUCAUCUUGAGGCGUUGUCGAACCUCAAGUUGCGAAAUCCUCAUCUUCAGAUGCCUCCGCUCCAUAAGGAACUAUUCUCAACCGACCCGUAG